UAAAUUUUACCAUGCUUGUUUUAUUUGAAACUGCUGCAGGAUUUGCCCUAUUUAAAGUUUUAGAUGAAAAAAAACUAUCAAUGGUUGAUAAUAUACUUGCUGAAUUCCAGGAUUCUGAAAAUGCUGGGAAAAUUUUAAAAUUAAAGCAUUUUCACAAAUUUGGGGAUACAACUGAGGCCCUAGAUGCGGUUUCUGCGUUGAUUGAAGGGAAAAUGGGAAAAGUUUUGAGAAAAUUUUUGAAAAAAAUAAUUCCUCAAUCUUUGCAUGAAGAGAUAGCAGUUGCUGAUGCCAAAUUAGGCAAUUUGAUAAAGGAAAAAUUUCAAAUUAACUGUGUGCAUAACUCAAAAAUCAUGGAUUUGAUGAGAGGUAUUCGAAAUCAAAUAGACUCAUUGAUACCUAACAUUCCAGCAAAAGAACUUUUAGAUAUGUCUUUAGGUCUAGCUCAUAGUUUAUCACGAUACAAACUCAAAUUUAGUCCAGACAAAGUUGAUACAAUGAUAAUUCAAACCAUAUCUUUACUAGAUGACAUGGACAAGGAACUGAAUAAUUAUAUAAUGAGAUGUAGAGAGUGGUAUGGGUGGCACUUUCCCGAACUCGGCAAAAUUGUUUCGGAUCACACGAUGUAUGCUAAAGUGGUCAAAAUGCUGGGGAUGAGAACGAAUGCUCCGAACACUGAUUUAUCCGAAAUCGUUUCGGAAGAUGUGGAGGAGCAAAUCAAAGUGGCUGCACAAAUAUCCAUGGGAACGGAAAUAUCUUUGGACGAUAUACUCAACAUUGGAUUUAUGUGUGAACAAAUCCUAGAAAUGUACGAUUACAGAUCACAGCUGUUCGAUUACCUCAAAAAUCGAGUCAUGGCGAUUGCUCCGAACUUAUCUAUACUUGUCGGCGAAUUGGUUGCCUCCCGUCUUAUUGCUCAUGCCGGUUCCCUGAUGAAUCUUGCUAAAUGUCCCGCUUCUACGGUUCAGAUCCUGGGUUCCGAAAAGGCCAUGUUCAGAGCCCUCAAAACUAGGCACAAUACUCCGAAAUAUGGUCUAUUAUAUCACGCAACUCUCGUAGGCCAGGCUACACAAAAAAACAAAGGAAAGAUAUCCAGGAUGUUGGCUGCCAAAGCUGCUCUAGCCACCAGAUAUGAUGCUCUUGGAGAAAACGUAUCAGUUAACAUGGAACUCGGUUUGGAACAUAAGGCAAAACUUGAAGUUAGACUCAGGCAACUCGAACAACAACAGAAUAAAGGUUUGACUGGAUCGAAGAAGCCCAAUUUCGUUCAACAAAAAUUCGAUAUCACAGAGCCACAAUUCCAACCUUACGACGCCGGAUUAGAUUCAACCCUGCCCACCACAGCACAUAAGAGAAAACUAGAACUUGAAAGCAAUUCCUCCUUUUCUUCGAUCAAUGCAACAGCUAAAAAGGCCAAAUCUGAUCAAAGUGAUCACGAGAUUGAUUAUGCUAAAGCAAAGAAAGAAAGUAAAAAGAGUAAAAAGAAAGUCAAGGAUAUCUUGGAUGAAUUGCAAAGUUCUACUACCGAUGUCAAUGGGACAGAUGUACCUGAAACAGAUGUUAAAAAUAAAAAGGACAAGAAGAAAAAGAAAUUCAAGGACGCAACAGAAUAGGUAACCAACCGAAAAUAAAAAAAUCGAAAAAGAAAAAGCAUUGACAAUUAGACAAUUAUUCAAAACUUCUAUUAUAUUGAAAUUUGCAUAAUGUAUAUUGUAAAAACACUAGAUU